AUGAACAUUCAAAAUUUACCAGACAUCGUGAAUAAUACUGAUGAUGACGCAUCAAUUCAUCUCUAUAGUACGAUUGGACCAGCGCGACCAAUGCAACAGAAGAGUUACGAUGAUCGUAUAAAUGCUAUCUUGCAAUCACCAAUUUCUAAAAAACAGAAGCAACCUAAACUUGAUAGGCUAAAUGAAGCAUUUGAAAAAUUCUACUCUGAUAGGGACAAGUUUUUUGAUGAUGAAGAUGAGACAGAAGUAGAAGACGAAGAGCACGAAAUUCAGGAGCGCUUGAAACUCAAACGUCUCCUACUGCCGCAUAGUGAAACAAAUUUUACUCGACUACCUUUACAUUCCAUGUUGAAGAUCGCUAGCUUCGUUAUGGGCUUUGCGUUUGCAUUUUUUCUCAUCUGGAAGUCGAAGAUACUACGGAGUGUCGACUUCUUUUCUCAAACAGCAUCCACGAAUGUCACGCCCGCCAACAAUAGGGAAAACACAGCUUUUAUGAAUCUGACCCCAACAGACCAUUUAUUUGAUCUGCUUCAACCACUCAUUUCAAGAUUGGAGAAACUUGAAGGUCAACUUAGCACCGAUAACGAAAAGUUUCAAACACUCGUCAAUAAGAUUGCGUCAUUACAGAACGAAGACAAUAUCGCUUCUAGGGACCAAAAUGAGCUCCAGACUUUUCAGGAUUUAUUGUUUAACAAGUCAUCGAAUAAGCACAAAAUGUCGGAAGUUUUUAAAAUGUUUGAGGAACAGCUCACUAGUUCAGUCAUUCAGCAACUUCCAUACCACGUACCGGUUAUUAUCAAUGAUCAGAAAAUACAGUACUCUUCUGAAUUUGCCAACUUCAUACGCAAUCUAACUACACAAUACGAUCAAAACAAAAAUGAGGAUUAUCUCUCAAAUACAAGAAAUUGUCUGGAAGCCGCGUCUUCGUGGAAUUGUUUGAAGAAUCAAAUGGAUGAACAAAUUUCGUCGCAAUUUGCUCAAACAUACGACCUUCUCUUAUACGAAGUAAGAUCGCUCUUUAAAGAUUUUGAAGAAAGACAUGCAUUACCCAGCGAAAUUCCCUUAAGUGUAAACAGAUCGGAAGGUUUGAUUCAAUCAAAUUUUGCUGACUAUAGGCUGGGCGCUCGGAUUUUAGGUUAUUUGACCACGACAAGUCCAAGCUGGAAAACAACCAGACCUUUCUAUCGCAAGCUUUUAUUUGGAUUAUACGACUAUUUCAACUCACACGGUAUUAAGAACCCCAACACACUUCAGCUUAAUGCUAACAACGUUUUGUCUGAUAAUGAUUUGAGUUGGCAGUGUGAGGCGGUAAUGUGUACAAUUGGGGUACGUUUGUCAUACCCUGUCUUCUUGACACAUUUGUUGUUGCGUUUUCCUCCUGAUAAGAAAGCGCAGACAAAUACAACUCUUUCUGUGUUUGUGAAGCCUAAGAGAAAGCAGUAUAUCAAGCAGCUUCUUGAAGUUUCCGAAAACGAGGAUAUGCUAAUUGAACACAACGACCACUCAAACAAUCCCUAUUUGACAAAGUUUGUGAAAGUUCAUUCUUCGCAGCUAAAUCUAAGCAAGCCUUUGCACAUUAUAAGUCUUCCUCGAAAUUUCGUUAAUCUCAACAUACCAGUCAAGGAUAUCUAUCUUGAAUUUAGUUCCACAGACGAUGAAAUCGAAGUUUGUUGCGUGAAAGUAUGUGGACAAAACUCAAAAAAUGGAGUCAGUAAAGAACCAGAAGUCGAAGCGCCUCGCCUUGACUUUUCAGGUCAAUCAACCCUGCAACAUAUAUUAUUAGGAAACGAUCAGAUUACAUAG